GGGCCGGCUGCGGCGCUGCGGAAGCGGAGGAGGAAGGCACAGGCAAGGGGUGUGGAGCGCCCCUGGCUGGUUCGGGGCUUAUUCCGCGUCGGCCCCUGCGCGGGGGAGGCGGGGCGCGCAGAGGAGCCCGGCCCGCUGUAAACAUCCUCCUGAGAGGCCGCCGCGGGGCUCCAUGGAGACGCAGGGGAAGCCCCCGCCGCCCUGCAGCCAGCGGGGGCCGGUGCUGCACAUCGUGGUGGUCGGGUUCCACCACAAGAAGGGCUGCCAGGUUGAAUUCUCCUAUCCUCCCCUCAUCCCAGGAGAAGGACAUGACAGCAACAGUUUACCAGAAGAAUGGAAAUACUUGCCUUUCCUUGCCUUGCCAGAUGGAGCUCACAACUAUCAAGAAGAUACUGUGUUUUUCCACUUGCCCCCAAGAUGUGGAGAUCGAACCACAAUAUAUGGUGUCUCUUGCUAUAGGCAGAUUGAAGCCAAGGCACUGAAAGUGCGGCACGCAGAUGUCACCCGAGAAACGGUACAGAAAAGUGUCUGUGUUCUAAGUCAGCUGCCUUUGUAUGGAUUACUUCAAGCAAAGCUACAGCUCAUUACUCAUGCUUAUUUUGAAGAAAAAGACUUCUCACAAAUUUCAAUUCUUAAGGAACUUUAUGAGCAUAUGAAUAGCUCUUUGGGAGGAACUACACUGGAGGGGUCACAAGUUUAUCUUGGUCUGUCUCCCCGAGAUCUUGUCCUUCAGUUUAGACACAAGAUCUUAAUUCUUUUUAAAUUGAUUCUUCUAGAGAAAAAGGUGUUGUUUUAUAUUUCUCCAGUAAAUAGACUGGUGGGAGCACUGAUGACUGUCUUGUCUCUCUUUCCUGGUAUGAUUGAACAUGGUCUUACUGACAGUUCACAGUAUAGACCAAGAAAGAGUGUAUCAGAGGACACUGGCCUGCGGGAAGUUACUCCCCCUUUAGAUGAUUAUGUUUCUGUGUCUGUUGCUGACAUUUCAAAUACAAACUCAGGAAUGGGCGAGGAAGGCAGGAAGCUAUCAGGAAACCAUGUGCGGGAGGCUCAGAAAACAGAUGUGCCUUUAUCCCAUUCUGAAACGAAUUGCAAUGGAUCACAGUCCUCCAAUGGCACUGGACAACAUUUGAAACCUCCUUCACGUACUUCUCCAGAGUCUUCUGAAAGCGACUGGGAGACCUUGGAUCCUAGUAUUUUGGAGGAUACCAACUUGAAAGAAGGAGAACAUGAAAAUAUGACAUCAGAACAGACUGAAAUCCUUUCAAAGGAAUGCCCAACGUCAGAAAGCCCUCCAAUUACUGUGCAACCUCAGGCUAAAACAGGACAUGUGGUUCUUGUUCCAGGACUGAUAUCAGGGUUAGAGGAGGACCAGUAUGGCAUGCCAUUGGCUAUUUUUACUAAGGGUUACCUUUGCUUGCCAUACAUGGCACUGCAACAGCAUCACCUCCUCUCUGAUGUAACAGUCCGUGGCUUUGUUGCGGGAGCCACCAACAUCCUGUUCCGUCAGCAGAAGCAUCUAAGUGAUGCAAUUGUGGAAAUAGAGGAAGCCCUUGUCCAAAUCCACGAUCCAGAACUCAGGAAGAUCCUGAACCUCACAACUGCUGACCUGAGAUUUGCAGACUACUUGGUGAAGCAUGUAACUGAGAACAGGGAUGAUGUUUUCCUCGAUGGCACUGGCUGGGAGGGAGGAGACGAGUGGAUCAGGGCUCAGUUUGGUGCCUAUCUUCAUGCAUUGCUUGCUGCUGUGCUGCAGCCAGAUAAUGACAAGAUAUUGUCAGACUUCGGAACAGCGUUUGUAGCAACUUGGAAAAAUACACACAGCUACAGGGUGUGGAACAGCAACAAGCAUCCUGCUCUUGCAGAAGUAAAUUCUAGCCACCCAUUCCAGGGCCAAUACUCUGUAUCAGAUGUAAAGUUAAGAUUAUCACACUCUGUCCAGAACAGUGAACGUGGCAAGAAAAUUGGAACUGCUAUGGUCAAUACCAGCCGGAAUGUUGUUCAAACAGGAAAAGCUGUAGGUCAGUCAGUAGGAGGGGCCUUCACAAAUGCAAAAUCAGCCAUGUCUUCGUGGCUUUCCACUUUUACCCAGUCAACACAAGGCCUCGGGGACUAAAAGUAGAGUCUGAAUACAGGCUUUGCACCCAGCUGUUGAGUAUUUCAGUUGUAUCAGUUUCUCUCAGCUGUACAAAGACUGCUCCAAAAUGAGGUAUGGAGACUUCUUAGUCAUGGAGGACCAAAAUGUGGUGUGUUUGUUUACAGAUAAAAAUGGAAUGGUUACCCUUUGGUUUUACUAGAAGUAUGAAUGUCUCCAAGCAGAGCAUGAAGAAUGGGAUGUAAAGCUCUUUCACAGUACAUUAGUUGUGUUUUUAAAUUACUACUUUUGUUUAAAUCUGAGCCUUUAUACUCUAGCAAACAGGGUUUGUUGCAAGCAAAAUGAUAGGUUUGAAUUCAGAUUUGUACAUUUUGGAUGGUUAAGAUAUCUAUGUAAAUUAGCUGUAUUUUACAAUUCAAAUAGUCAAACAUUUGCUGUAACGUUUGUUAGAAUGAAGCAGUAUAAUAAUGCUGAUUCACAUUUUAGGUUGGAUCUGAGAGCAUGCUUGUGAACUUAAUGAUGCAAGCCAGGUUGAAACCCUUCUUAGUUAAGCUUGCUUUCAGUUCCAAACUAAAUUCAACACUGGUGUAGAUUGAGACUGUUUUUGAUUUGUGACUUUUUCUUUCCCCCCAUCAUAUACAUGUAUUGUACUCAUCUGUAUCUAACUUUCUUCUCUGUACUUGCAGACCUGACAGAGUAGACAAUUGUGCAAUCAGUUUCUUUUUGAUAGUGUCCUCACUCAUUUCAUAGGACAGAAUAUAAACUCUCUUUCCUAACACUGAAUAGUGUUGCCACCAUGCUUACGCUAGGACAUAAGAGAAAUUCCAGCUGGAGAGAUUUCUUUACAUCAUUCUUUAGGGAAAAUGUCAACAAAAUAAUUGGUUCUCUGAGAGCAAAAAUUAGAGCCAUAGGCAACUCUGUGCAGACUUGCUCUAUUUAUAAAUGCAGUUUGUGUGUGUGUACGUAUGUAUAUAUGUACACACACUGUGUUAAAAUUGUCCCUAAAACUAACACCGUGUUUAACAAACUCUUGAAUUCUUUUUGUUGCAAGGCAGGUUAUAAAGACCCUUCUGAGUAAAAAUUGGCCAUGUAGACGACUUUCAUUUAGUCAGGGAAUAUCCAUUUCACAGGACUGGUUUUGCAUGAGGAAAGAGAGCGCUCCAUUUUAAGAAUAACUGAACCAGCUCAGUCACAACAUUCAGUAAGAUCGCGUAGCUCUUUGUAUGGCUUGGUGUGAUACUCCUGUAUUUUGUAUACACUGUGCAUGUGUUGUAAUCUGUAUGGGACAUGUCCUAAAACUGGAGCCUUGCUUGUUCUUCACACCUGAAUCUUUGCUAUUUCUUUCAAUGAUAUAGGCCUGCUAGAACCUUGAGAUGAUACCUAUUAACAUACUUUCAGAUUUGUAUUUUCUAAAUUAUAGUAACAAAAAUUCCCACGUUACAUAAUGAAGAGAUUCUCAUAGCAUGAAAUCAUGACACCACAAACAUCAGUGGGAGUUUUGCCAUUCUCUUCCAAGGGGCCAGGAUUUCUCCCUCCCUCCCCCCCCCCCCCCCCCCAGUUAUCUUGGACAUCACUACUCUUGGACUCCUGUAAGUAGGCCUGGGCUGAGUUGGUUGGAGCUUCCACUAGAUUUUCACCUUUCAUUUUUGGGGGUUAAAUGAAAAGAGUAUCUAAUGCUCCUUAUGCAACUCUUUACAGAAGGAAUUAAAAUUAAUAAUUUGUGUUUGAAAAGCUAUUGAAAGCCACGCUUUCAUCUACCAAUUACUUUUACGCCAACUUUUUUGUUCCAGUAUUAUCAUUGUAAUUCUAUUUUAGCUUUGCUGCUUCCCUUUUAACAGUCUAAAAUAACAUUAUAGCUUUUUUAAAAAGACUAUCAAUUUUUAAAGCUAAAUUACAAGUGGAAAGAGCCAUGGAUUAAACGGAAAGCUUGAAGCUACAUGAGCAGUUUCAUUUGAAAAGAAAAGCAAAUAACGUCUCUAGAAAGCUGUACAAUUUGUUUUUUACUGAAAUACAACUGGCACAUACUAAUAAGUGUAAACGUUGUUGCUUUCCGACUGUAUAUAUAAUUUUUAUUCUGUAACUUCUGCUGCAGUAUUCAGAUAUUGUUCAGCUCCCUGUGCUCUCUUGCUUUCUUUUGCAUUAUUCAGCCUUCCCUUAGUAGAUGCUUCCAUCUUCAGAGAGACUAGGGCAUACCCUAUGCCACAUGCGUAUCUCUGAUAAAGUUAGUUUAGGUGUGUAAUCAAAAAAGCUUUUCUUGGUUCCUAAUUAGUUUCUACAGAGUUUUCCAGUUUAGCCUGGAGAUUAGAAAAUAGCAGUUUGCUAUUGAGAGAUACUUGUGAAGAAGUAAACAAUAUGUAUACUGUUGGCCUGUCUCUUUGGUAGUUGAACUUUUUCUUGUAGUAAAGGCAGUCUGUGGCCUCUGGGACUUUAGCACCUGUGUUGACCACCUCUGGGACGUAGGUAUUCGAGUGCAGUUUAGGCUGGGAGCUUGGCAAGUAGAUAAGAUUUACAACAGGUGAAAAGCAUAGAAGCAGGGGCCCUCUUCUCUGUAUUUUUUAAUACCCUUGUCUCUCUCUGCCACCCCUCCUUCACUUUUCUUCCUUCUGACUCCAUCCCGUGUCUCCCCUUCCUCAAGAACAAGGGCUCAGAAUGUCUGAGGACUUCUCAGAGCUCUUUAUUCUGUGUUAUUUCAGGUCGCUAUCCUCUGCAACAGCAGGCACCUGCCAUGUGCUGCUGUGUAGUGGGAUUUGCGGUGCUCCAGGAUCCUGAUGUCAUUGGCAAUCAUAGUCUAGGAUGGGUGCUCAGAACAGUCUCCCCCUCCCCACCAGCUUGCCAGAGUUAUGGGAAUAGGGGUACAGGCUUCAUCAAGAGUAUUUUCCUUUCUUCUAUCCUUCAAAAGUUGAUCCAAGGUAUAAUACUGACAGCCUUCAUUUCUGCCCUAGGGUGAAUGAUGCUCAAGACAUAGGAGGAAGCUAUUGUGAGGUGUGUGUGUGUGUGUAUGUGUGUGUGUGUGUGUGUGUGUAUAUAUAUAUAUAUAUAAUAUAUAUAUAUAUUAAUUAAUCCUCUUUCAGAUGAGCUUCCUGCUAGCAAUUUGGACAGUAUUUGUCAGACUUAUUGCAGUGGAUGUAGGUGAAGUGAUUAUUAGCAAGUAUUCUCAUUUGAACAGCCACCUUAAUUACUUCUGGGCAGUAGAGCAUGCAGCCACCAAAAUUAACAUACAAACUAUACAAAUGAAUAAGUCUUUAAGCCUUCUUAAAUUAACAGUUGUAGUAACCACUCUAGUAAAUCGUAGACCAACUCCAAAACUAUAUUUCCAUCUUCUAUUUAUUUACGUCUUAAAUCCCCAGUAUAAACAUAAAACCAGUCCAAAGAGACUAAUGAAGUGAUACCUCAUCUUGAAGAGCUGGAGAGCCAUUUCUUCAUUGCUUGGUUUCUGGGCCACAAUAUAACUGUGAAGACACUGCCUGUAAUGACUGAGCUGUGACAUUGUCAUUUAGCAUGUCCAGAAGUCACUCCACAAUUUGGUGGCUGUUUGUGAUUCCUCGCCAACAUUUUCUCUCUCUUCCCACUUCCUGGCUGCUUGAGUGCUCUUGUAUGUGCCAAAAAGCAUGGGGAGCUGUUCUGGUGAUCAAAUCUUAUAGGAUCUAUAUGAAGCACAUACAGAUUCCUAAAGACAGAGACUGAGUACCUCUGACUUAAUGGAAUUCUGAUUGGACUCAAAUGUUCACCUUUUUUCAAUCAGUCACUUGAUGUCGUAACUUUAAAAUUUUUGCACAUCUGACAUUAGGUAAUCUUAAAUGUUACUUCAUUUUAAUAAAUAUCAUUUGAGAAUCAAUAUUCUAGUGUAUUUCACUCAUUUCACCUUCUACAGUGUUUUAAGCAUUGUUGUAAUUUAAACUUAGUAUUUUACCUAAAUAAAAACUUCUGAUUUCAGCCAAAAAAUAUUAUUAGCAGAUAAACUGUUCUGUGGCAGUAUUUAAUUGUAAAAGUGAAAGUAUAAAUGCAAUUUUUAAAAAUGAAAACCUAGUAUUUGAUAACUCUACACUCAUAUAUACUAUAUCUUGUUGUGAUUUUGUGUGUGGGGCUUGGAAAUAAAUAUAUCAAGCCUGUUUAAAAGCUUUUACUGUCUCCUCAGAAAGCUGUUUUAUUGGAAGAACUUAUAAAUACCUAUAGAUAAGUCAUUUAAUGAGAUUAAUACUUGGCACACUGAUAGUUGUCCAUCAUUCAGUGACUGAUCUUAAGCCAUUAACCUCUGAAACUGGUGAAAUAUGAAAAUCAACAUUAGUUUGACUGACUAUUUUUGUAGUAUCAUAAUGAGGCUACCUUGUGAGAAACUGUAGCUUACAGUCCAUUUAAACUAACUACUUAGUAAAAGACUGCUUUUGCAGAUUUGGGGUAAUAGGAUAGUUCAGUGUGACUUUUUGAAAUGUAAAUACUUGUUUCAUCUAUUUGUGAGCUAGUAUUUUUUCCCCCAAGUUUCCACAAGUCACUGAAACCGUUGCGUCUCAUCAAGAGCUUUCCACUGAAGAGAUGUAAAAUAAUUUUAAUCUAGAUUCAGCCUCAUAAAAAUUAACUUUCAAUUAAACAGCCUCAUAAAAAUGCAGAGAUCAUUGAGCAUUUUAAAUACCUUGUCAAAUUCAGGGGGCUUGAAGUGACUCGGCAAUCAGCAUAACUUGCACUGGAUUGGCGGCAAUAAUAUUCUUCCCACUCAUUUGCUUUAUAUAACAUGAAGGGCGUCUUUUUUGUUGGUCUUGUUGUUUUUAAUUUCAUCAGACAUGCUAAAGACUGAUCAAGGUAAAUCCUGAAGCCAUUCUCAAGCAUAUAGAGUUUUGAUAAGUAAUUUGUUUCCAUUAGAAAGGGAAAUAAAAAAAACUCCCUUGAAUAACAACUUCCAAAUCUGAAAGACAUGCAUGCAUAAAUAAGUCUAAUAUUUUGUAAAACUUUGUUGCCUUUGUAUUUGUCUACCUUUCUACUGACUAUCUGAAAGAAAAUAUAUAUUUAAACUGUGUAAAUGACAGAGUUAUAGCUUGUUUUCCAGUAUAUUUAUAAUUGAUCUCUUGCAUGUAUUAUUUUUCAUUAUUGCACAUUUUAGAAAUGUAGAGUGUGUGCACCUAUCCAUUUCAAGCCAGAAAAAAUUCUGUACUCCAUUACAAUUCCUAGUAUUUCAAGUUUUCAUAGGGAGUCCCUUCAUGGAGAUAUGAUAAAGUGCUAAGGUUUUUCAUGCUAAUAUGAAAUGGAAAUUAACAAAAGGGCUUACGUGACUCUGGAUUUUACUAUUUGAAUUUCUUGUUUCAUUUGUUACCAGAUACAGGAAAUUGUUUAUUAAAGAUACAUUUUGCAAAUUGUUAUAAGAAUUAAAGUCACUGAACUGUCAAUUUAAAUCUGAUCGCUUUAUUGGGUAUAAAGUAAUGUGUGCUGCUGUAUGAACCAGUUACCAUGCAUAACAUCUGAUCAUAAAACAGUUUAGUAUUCUUUGCUGCUAUUGUAGACUUUGUAAUUUUAGCUAGACAUUUUGUCAAAUCCUUUACCUCUGUGACUAUUUUAAAAUCAAAUCAUUGCCUAAUCAUAUACUGUGUUGAAAUGAUUCCAUUGUAUAUUUUGUUCUAAAAGUGAUAGAAAAUAAAAUUGCUCUAUUUA